CAGUCAGUGACGUAAGAAGAUAAACCAAGAAGAACAACCAAGAGAUACAGAGACAGUCACAAAGACACUGAAUAUUAAAAGUUAUAAAAUACAGAGAAAUGCUGAGAAACUACACAGAUGAAGAGCACCUAUGAUCCAAGAAGGUGAAGAUAAGAAGACAAGAAAGAAAUGGAAGAAACAGAAAUGAUCUUCUGUAAUGUUGCUGUUUCUCUCCUACUGCUAUCGCUUAGUGUUAGCGGCACCUCAAAUGGGACUGAGCCGCACUGUGAUGUAAAGCUGAAAGUGCCACGACAAACAAUCUUUAAAGCUCGUAUUAUGACACAGCUAAAGAUAAACUGUACUGUAACUCAUAAUGGAUGUCAGUGGAACCCAAUAAUCUCAUGGUGCAAAAUCUAUGGAGAUCACUGUAAAGCUUUAAAUCACUCAGACCUUAUAAAGAUGGAGUGUAGAAAUACAGCACAGCAUGAAGGGAUGGCUUUCCUGAUUUUCCAGAACAUCACAAUGGAGAAUUCAGGUUCAUACAGAUGUACACAUGGUGACACGUCUGUAAGCCAUGCUAUUAAUGUUACCAUUACAGGAAAUGGUGAAGAUGAAUUUUCACACAAUCAAAGUAACAAAAUUCCAGACAAUGGUCUGAAGUGGUUGUGGCCAUAUGUGUACAUCUGCAGUGGAAUAGCGGCGCUGGUGAUCAUCAUUAUAACCAUAACAUUAUUUGUCUUCAAUUGCCAAGACACAAAAUCCAAAACAGAAGAACUGACAAAUAAAAAUCAGUACAUGGAAACUCAAAGUAGUGACCUGCUUCCUCCUCCUCUUCCUCAUCCCCGUCACGACACCCGCUCUCUUUCACAGCAGAGAGGGUCUGCUUUAGAUCGUGGCUCUGAAAUUCCACCGGGCAGAGGAACAUCAUCAGCUGGAAGAGUCAAAGAGAGAAGCCAUCACACUGUCAGCGCAGGAAGAGGAGAAGAUGAUAAUGCUCUGGUCUAUGCCUCUUUGAAUCACCAGGCUGUGCCGAAAGUGCAUAGAAAAACUGCAAGGCAAGAACCAGAACUUUCAGAAUAUGCUGCAGUCCGAUUCCGGUGAUUUUAAGGAUUGUUUACUUAGACACUUUGAAAAAAGACUAUUGAGAAAUGACCAGUUGGGAAAUGAGGUCAUUCACUUAUUAUUUUAAACGUUGCUAUUAUAAUUUAAACACUCAAGGAGCAAGGUGUUUAGUAAGUGUUUUGGCCACCUUUUUCAUUUUAGAUCAUAUGACAGCCGUUGAUUGCUGUUAUAUUAAAGGACUGGCAUGCAUUAACAAAAAAAUAUUCUCACGUUUGCAAUAAUAAUUCAAGCUCUCUCAUAUGCCUUACUAAAAUACAUACAGUAUGAACAUCUUUAACAACAAUAUUAUGGAAAAUUGUGUAAUAAAGUAAUAAAUUGCUUAGUAAAAAACAAUGGCUUGCACAAUGGAUCACCAUAAAUGUAACUUUGUUUUAUUAAACAUUAGGAUCGAUUUCUUAUCUUUUCAUGUGUUAUUGGUUCAUAUAACAGACGCUGAAUAAGGCCUGUUCAUGCCUAGACAAAUAUUCAAAAUUGAGAACAUUCUAAUGUCUUUUAUAUCACAUUGCUAACAAAACUGGCCGAUAAUAAGAUAUGUACUUUUAUUCACAAGCCUAAAGCUGUUGCAGUUGAGUAUACAGUUUUACAAGAAAAAAUUAUAAUCAUUUCUUAAGGGAUGUUUUACAGAGCAAGGGCAGUUUUCUACAGUAUUUCCUAUUAUAUUUUCCUUUAGAGAAAUCUUAAAAUGAAAUUCUGUACACAAAAUAUAUCUUAUAAACAGCAGUUGGGAAACAA